AUGUCAAAACAAGAUAAACCACCAAUUUAUACAAAUAGGAAUGGCCCAGAUUCAGAGUUGCCACAUUAUAGUAGUUAUAGAAAUGAUCAACAAAUGUAUUUUGAAGGAUCAUCACCUAAAUCAUGGGAAAUUGUUAUUUUAAAUCGAUAUUUUGUUGACGGUUUUAGAAUAUUUGUAUCAUUAGAUGCAGCUGAGAAAUUUGAAGUAUUCAAAAAGAACAAAGCACCAGAGGUUAUUGAAUUACAAACUGCUGGGAUAGGAGUUCCUAUAUUCAAAGCUAUAACACCAUUAAUACCCCUUACUACCAAAUUUUUAACCUUUAGAAGAUAUGUGCCAACAAAUUUACAUCCAUUUGAUAUUGAAAAGGAUUAUUAUAACUUUUGUACAGUCAAAAAGAAACUACAUGUAGGAUAUGAUUCAUUCUUAUUUGAUUUUGUUCCAGAUCCAAAUCAACCCAAGUUGAAUUUUCAAAUCAUUAUGUUUGCUCAUUCAACUUUACCUAUAAAUGAUUAUAUAUAUAAUGGUGAAAAACACAGAUGGAUUGAUGAAUCUAUAAUGAGAGGAUUUAGAGAAAGAUUUUUCGUUAAAUAUGGUUUCAAACAUACUAUACUUGGUAAAGAUCAGACUAGUUUAUGUGAUAGUUGGGAUGGUCAAUCAGAGAAACUUGAUAAAUCCAUGACAAAUCCAUAUUUGAAGAAUUAUUUGAAAACAAAAUUUUCAUUAACUUCAAGGUUUAUCAAGCCUGAAUAUUAUGGAGUGCAAAUUACAGGUAUAUUAGGAGAAAUGGAAGCAUUUUUCUUAGAUACUGGUUAUGCAGAACUAAAAUUGGAUGAUAUAUAUAAUACGAGUCCUUAUGUUGAUUAUGAAAGUAUAAACUCGUUGAAUAUAGAUGCAUUAGUUCACAUUUGUAUUGCUACUUGCUUGAAAAGACGUAAAGAUAUCAUUGAAGAUUCUAGAAAAAGAAGUAAUGGUGGUGGUGGUUAA